AUGAAUAGAAAUUCUCAAUCUCGUUUAUACCUAGAUCUAUCUAAGGCUGAGUCUCUUGAUGGAAUUAAUUAUAAGAGAUGGUCACAAAGAAUGUUGAUUGCUUUUGAACAAGUAGAAGUUGAUUAUAUCUUGUUUAAUGAUUCCCCAAAACCUAUCCCUCAGACCAAUGCUGUGAUUGAUAUUCCUAGUACCCCUGUCGCUGGGAAUAAAGAAUUUAUCCCUAUUCAGACUACUUCCUCUGUUAUUGCUAAUGAAUCUGAAAUCAAGAAAUUUGAACGUGAUAAAAAGCUUGUUAGGGGUCAUCUUCUGAACCACAUGAAAAAUAACAUCUUUGAUUUGUAUAUUAAAUUCAAAUCUGCCAAGGAGAUUUGGGUGUCUUUGGAAAAGAAAUAUGGGGCUGAUGAUGCCGGGAAAAAGAAAUAUGUGACUGGAAACUGGUUGAAUUUUAAGUUGGUUAAUACGAAACCUAUCAUGGAGCAAGUCCAUGUGUAUGAAAAUUAUGUUGCUGAAAUUCUUGUUCAAGGUAUGAAGAUGUGUGAGAUCCUGCAGGCAAAUAUGUUAAUUGAGAAAUUACCUGAAUCUUGGUCUGAUUAUAGAAAUCACCUCAAGCAUAAGAAAAAAGAUCUAACUCUCGAAGAGUUGGUGAGUCAUAUGAAAAUUGAAGAGGCAAAUUGCCUUAAGGAUUCAAUCCCCAAGCCGAAAAAAUGA